UUAAUGAUGGAUAUCGUCGCUUGUGUAUCCAUUCCUCCGUCUUGAACUUUAUAUCUUCAGAGAAUCAGGUAUCUGGCGACCAUAUUCGCUCUUUCUUGACAUCAUCCCCCAAACUAGAGAUUCCCAAAGAACACUUGGGAAAAAUCCCAAAAGCCUAUCCACUUCUCAGUGUUUUUGAUGCUGAGGCCCUCAAAUUUGAAAUAUUGCCCAAUGAGCUUUAUAUGCUAUAUCAUCUACGCUUCCUAGCUGUCACAACUGACCUCAGUGUCCUUCCAAAAUUAUUCACUGAUCUAUGGAACAUGCAAACUCUUAUAUUCAAUACUACCAAGAGUGUUGUUCAAGUUAAUGCUGAUAUAUGGAGCAUGCCAAAACUAAGGCAUAUCAUGGUCAAUGCAUCUUUGGAAUUUUCUCCUCCUCCCAAAAAGGGUAAAGACAAGUCAUCGUCAGCGUCAUCUUCUCGGGCAGACUUACAAACUCUUUCCACCAUAUCACCCAAUAGCUGCACUGAAGAUAUCUUUGCCAAGACGCCCAACCUUUUGAAACUGGGCGUUCGUGGGAAUUUAGCAGAGCUUCUAGAGAGCAGUGGAGGCAUUUGUUUGUUUGACAAUAUUCACAAGCUGCAUAAUCUGGAUAGUCUGAAGCUUUUGCAUGAAUCCGCCAACAAUCAGGGCAGCAUGCUGUGGACCUUUCCUCGACCUGAAAAAUUCCCGCGCAAGCUAAGGAAGCUGACUUUACACAAAACAUCCUUUGGUUGGAAAGACAUCUCCAUUUUGGCAUCCCUCGACAAGCUAGAGGUGCUCAAGUUGGAUGAAUUUGCAGUGAAUGGGGACACUUGGGCACUUAACAACGAUGCUGUUUUCAACAAUCUCCAGUUCCUGCGGAUUGGGAGAACCGAUUUAGCCACCUGGACUUGUGGGAAGGAUAGCUUUCCAGUAUUGAAAUCCCUUUACCUCUUGCAUUGUGAAUUCCUUAAUGCACUCCCACUUUCCUUGAAGGAUGUGAAAACCCUCAAGCUUCUGGAUUUGUUUCAUACCAACAAGAAGGCUGCUCCUUCUGCAAAGGAAAUACGAGACCAUAAACCUAAAGGGUUUGAGCUUACUAUUUAUCCUCCUAUUCACUGAUUUAUUUCAACUCCGGCCAUCUUUUGCUUUGCAAUAAAAGGAGAAUCAAAUAACAGUUUCAAAUCGAUAUAUAUAUAUAUAUAUAUAUAUAUGGCUCUGAUCUUCCAAUGCAACUUCUCUUAUCACUAUGUUUGCGACACUUUCUUUGUUCUUGUUUUCUUUUAAUUUGUUUUUGCAAUAAAGGCUGGCAUGUACGGCACUUCUGUACGGUUUCAUAUGUUGAGCUCAAGCUUAGCUUGAGUGCUGUGUUUAAUUCUGAGUUUCUGUGUGAACUUGUUCAUGUUUAAACAUUUGUAUAAAUGACUAUCUAUCUAAACUUUUCUAGAUUACAUUU